AUGCCCUGUGAGCCUAAGUCAAUAGCCCGCACGGUCGAUAAUUUAGAUUGGCAGGCUAGGAAGUGGGACAACUGGCCCUAUGAACUCGGUUGUGGUCUUGACCUUCUGGUUGGAUCACAAGUACGAACACACGAACCCGACUUACCAAGUAAUCGGGAGGAAGAGAAAGAUGAGGGUCAUCCCAUCACAUGA